AUGGGUUCCUUGCGAACAUCCAAAUGGGUGUGGGCUUUUGUGUUGACGUCGCUCACACAAGCUGCUGUCGUGCUUGCGCUUGAAGUAUAUGUUUUUAUACGAUUUCAACUCGACGUUGAUGCAAAAGACGAUGAUGACUCCAGCGACCCAUCCACAACCAUCCCAACAUUCCUUGCUCUUUACAUUUUCGCUUUCUUCUAUCAGCUCUUACUCGUCUGGGAUGCUCUGCGAAUGAAGAAUACUAUUCAGAUUAUUGGUCUCGUCGGUCUAAACGUUGGUCUAUUGAUCUACGGAGCUGUGCAGGUCGAUCAAUUGCACGAUGCCGUAGACAUACUGGAGAGGGAGAAAGAGCUGGUGCAGGGCUCAAGCACAUGGACUAUUUCCAAACCUAUGGUUAUUGCGAUACCUGCUAUCCUGGCUGCCUUCACUUUCGUCUUGGCUUUGGAAGCAUACAAACUCUACAACGAAUUUGCAUGGACCAUCUACAAGCACAUUUCAGCCGACCUGCGCAUGAAGCGCCGUUACUUGACAUACCAGAUCUACAUCGCCCUUCUCAAAUUCGACUUCUUCUUCUGCCUGGGUUUUUUAAUCCAGUUCGUAAUCAUUGUCCAAGGCCGAAACGAUAUUGAACGAUGGGUUACAGCUGCCGCCAUUCCUGUUGCGAUCAUCAUCAUGUUCGCCGCCUUCUGGUUUACUAGACGAGAAAACCUGGUCGGAACCAUCGCCGUCAUCCUCUUCUACUUCGGUGGACUGGGCUAUUUCUGCUACAAAUUGGUCCGAAUGUAUAUGGAGGCGACAGACGACCCAUAUUUGGCGGCACGGAAAGAAUUGGCGACCUUCGCUGUGUUGACAAUCGCUCUGCUAAUCUGCACAAUUGUGGUUGGAUGCAUGUGCGCACACAACUAUCGUAAAGGUCUGAAGCCAUAUCUCAUGCAUACCAACACCAACGCUGUGGUCAGUCCGAACCGAACCGACUUCGACAACGAACAUGGCCAGCCAACAUCCUACAACCAGUCAUACUAUAUGACAGGGCAGCAUCAGCAAUCAGCCGGAAAGCCUCUUGCGCCAACAAGGAUGGAAAUUGACUAA